CAUUAUUGUUAGCCAAUAUUCAAAUGUUCAGCUGUUGAGUGUCUCAUUAUUUGAAAAGAAUAAACAUUCGCGGUCACCGCUGCAACACGUCCCUUGACGCCGCUGCUGCCUCCCUGCGGCAAGGAGCACUUGCCAUUCACAGUCGCAUACAUAUCAAAGACACUUAACAUUAAUUCGCACAACAUAAAAUAUCGUAAGACUGCCAAUUGCAAUUUGUUUGCUGCUGUAUGUUCUCACAGAUAUUUCACCAAAUGACGAAUAAGUCCCAAAAAUACCUACGGCAGACGUUACAACAAAGUACCAAACAAUCCGAAUCUAUUCUAGCAAUUUACUGCUGCAACAGCGACGCCCAGCCAAGUAUAUCGUCCGGACUAAUUAAAUCGUCAUUGCGUUGGCCAAUUCAAUUGUUGUGCCGCAUAAAUCAUUAUUGUUGUUAUCAUCAUCGUGAUUGCCUUCGUCGUCAAUGUCAGACUUUCGGACAUCUGCUGAGGAAACACAUUAUUACUCAGUAUCAUCGUUGCUGUAACGACAGUGAUUUUGAUAAUUUGAAUUUUCGCACAUUGUUAUCACUGCCAACACGGUUGGCCAUUGUCGUCGCUAUCGUUGCUAACAGCUGACCACAAUGAAUAAACGUACCGUUAUAAUAAUUGUUGCUCUCGUGACCAUUCUAUGUUUGGCCGUUGGGGGCAAUCUUUACUUUAUGUACUACCUAAAUGCUCAGGAUCCAGCACUGUCAAGUACCCGAGCACUUGAGAAUGUUAUUCGCCAUAAAAUCAGGCACUUGAAACCGGCCUAUCUGAAUCGAAAUCCUCGUUUCUUUAUGUAUCGGAAUAAAUUGUUGAAGAACUAUAGACCGGCAAGUUAUGAAAAUGCUUCAGUGCUGUGGGACAUAGCCAAUUGGUGGCCGCAUGAAAAUGAAAUAUACCCUUUAUACGAUUCGUCGAUGGGCCAACUCUUGCAAACAUUACGAAAUGAGCCUAUAACCAAGGUCAACAACUUAUCACGCGGUACACAACUGAAGCUAUUGAUGCGUUUAUCUAAUCAACAAAAAGUGAUUUUCAAGCCACAGUGGUAUCCACGUGACAUUGUGAUUGAUGGCCCAGUAUAUGGCGGCAAGGACCGUCACACUGCUGAAGUUUAUGCCUUCUAUUUGGGCGCCGUUUUAGACUUUCGCUGGACACCGAUUGUUGUGGGCAGGGUGGUCAACCUGAAAACAGAUAUUUACGAUAAAGGCGACUCAGAACUUCAAAAUACCAUGACAAUAACACCGGGAGAAAAUGAGACCGAACAGUAUUGUCUCUUUGGCAAAUGUCAUUAUUGCAACGAAGAGGAAACUGUAUGCGGUGAUGAGAAUAACAACAUUGAGGGCGUACUAAUCUACAUAAUACCGGGACAAUUGGCAAAGAGACGCUCUCCAUGGCAAAGGACAUACAAAGAAGAUAAACGAGCACCCUGGGAAGAUGAUAUGAAUUAUUGCAAAUCUCUGAAAGGGAAAAUGGAAAAUAUUCGACUACUGGACCUUAUUGACGUCGCCAUUUUCGAUUAUUUAAUACAAAAUGGUGAUCGACAUCAUUACGAAACGCGUGAGGAGCGAGUGGUGCUUAUAGACAAUGGCAAAGCAUUUGGAAAUCCCAAUAAAGAUCAUUUAGAUAUAUUGGCACCACUAUAUCAAUGUUGUUUAUUACGAGCCUCUACAUGGGAACGUUUACAGGUAUUUUCUGGUGGUGUUCUAACCGAACUUAUUGAUCGUCUAUCGAAAAACGAUGCCCUAUAUCCCCUCAUAACGGACAAACACAAACGGGGCGUAGAACGACGACUACUGGUUAUCUUUGCAGUUGUCGAAUACUGCAUGGAUCGUGAAGGCGAGAAAAUGUUUAAAAACUUAUAAAACCAAAUAAAAAA